CCGAAAUGAAUCAUGGCGCCCUCACAUAUAACGGUGUCUUUGGGAAUAAUUCUUUUAUUAGGUUGUCAUUUGGCGUUUUCUCAACCUGAUAACGACUCAGAAACAGACAGACAAACUGAUAACAGGGUUGAUUCAAAUAAACAGAUUGAAAGGAAGGAAGAGGAUGGCAAUCGAGUGUUUGAACAAAGUAAUCGAGUGCCCAAAGCCACUGAGAGGCAUAUCCAGCCAACCGUCGCUAAUUCUGACGAUGAAGAAGGCCAAAGAGAUGCACCAACAGAACAGAAAAGACGAGAUGGAAAAAUAAGAUUUGCAGGAGGAAAUCAAAAGAUUGGUGGUAAUGAGUCACCAUGCCAUGAUGAUAUCAGCCGACUUUGUCCAGAAGUUCCUAAAGGAAACAACUUU